AUGGAGACCGUCACAUAUAUCAGGUCGGUGGCUGUCAUCGGUGCUGGACCAGCUGGUACCGCAGCGGUGAAAUAUCUAAAAGCAGAGAAUUGCUUUGACAGAAUCGCAGCAUUCGAGCAACGCGAUGAAGUAGGAGGUGUAUGGAAUUUUACUGGCAAUGUGUCCCAACAAUACCAAUCAGAUCUCACCAUCCCGAGAACAAAACCCGCAGAGUCGGUGGAAAGACCAGUCUCGGUGCGGACACCCUCAGGCCUGAUGACGCAUUUAUUUCCGUCCCCGAUAUAUGACGCCCUGGAAACAAACAUCCCGCACACGUUGAUGGGUUUUACCGAUAAGCCCUUCCCCAAAGAUUGCCCACUGUUUCCUCCCUUUGGCACUGUUAAGCAAUAUCUCGAAGAGUAUGCGGAUGAUAUAAGGACUCAUAUCAGGCUCGCAUCGCAGGUUGAGCAGGUUCGAAUCAGCACUAGCGAUGAUGCACACAAACCGCAAUGGAAUCUGAGCUACACAGACUUGUCCUCGGGAAGAAAAUGCGAGGAAUGCUUUGACGCAGUCGUUUGCGCGAGUGGCCACUAUUCGGAUCCUUACAUUCCAAAUAUACCCGGGAUUUCCGAAUUCGACGCUGCUCAUCCUGGCGUUAUAUCGCACUCGAAAUACUAUCGGAAUCCGAGACCAUAUUCGGAUAAGAAGGUCAUCAUUGUGGGUAACUCAGCCUCAGGCAUAGACAUAUCGAGACAGAUAUGUGCUUUCACGGCGCAUGUUAUUGUCUCGGAGAAAGAGAAGUCAACGACCUUGCACAGCGACUCAGGCUCCAUCAUGUAUCGACCAGAGAUUGCCGAGUUCAUUGCUGAAAAUAGGACAUUACGUUUCGUCAAUGGUGAAGAAGAGAUCGAGGUUGAUCACAUUAUCUUCUGCACCGGCUAUCAGUAUUCGUUUCCAUUCCUCAGAGACCUGCAUCAGCCCGUUGCCACCACAGGGGAACGGACGAGCCACGUCUACCAGCACAUUUUCUACUAUCCCCGGCCCACUCUGGCAUUUUUGACUUUACCUCAGCGUAUCGUACCCUUUCCGAUCGCUGAGGCGCAGGCAGCGUAUAUUGCGCGAGUAUUUUCUGGACGUUUGACGCUGCCUACUUUCGCAGAAAUGAAAGCCUGGGAACGUGGCGUUUUGCAAACGAAAGACAGCAAAGCUUUUCACAAUCUCGGAUAUCCCGAGGAUGUUGAUUACAUCAAUACGUUGUACCACAUUAGCAUGAGUGCUAGGGUCUGUGAGACGAGGGGCGCAGGGAAGACCCCACCCUUCUGGGACGAGGAGAAGAGAUGGACGAGGCAACAGUUCCCGAUGAUCAAGCAGGCAGCGUUGAAGCUAGGCGAAAAUAGGUGCGAUGUGCGCUGCAUGAGAGAUCUCGGUUUUGACUUUGAAGCCUGGAAAAGAGAAGAGCACUUGAAGCAGAAAGUUGGUCCGUAG